UUUUGUUGUUGCACGUUGAUUGUUUAUUCUCAAUUCUCAUCUUGUUGUAGCCGGUUCGGGUGUUAAAAUCACAUGUCCGCGUCAUCGUUUGUUGAAUUUUCAAUGUAGUUUUUUUAGUUAGUUUUUCAUCUUACUUUUCUGUAAAAGAAACAUUAUUGGAACUUCGCUUCUUUCAUAGAGGUAAUACAAAACAUCAUGGCAGAUGACGGAUGGGAUUCUGGUGGUGAAAGUUCAAAUCCUCCUCCUGUUUAUACAGCCACAUUUUCAAGAGGUGGAGGAGGUUUUAGAGGAGGGAGGGGUGGAGGCUGGCGAGAUGAGAGGUCUAAUGAGGGUUCUAGGAGAGGCAGAGGCAGAGGAAAUUGGGAUAGAAGUGAUGGUGGAAAUGGGAAUUGGAAUGGAGGAAGAGAUAAUGGAUUCAGGGGGAGAGAUGAUGGUAGAGGGCGGAGUGGUGGAGGGGAUAGAGACAGAGGAUUCAAAAGAGAUGACAGCACUUCUACUUCAAUAACAAUAAAUUCUUCAGAUGUUGGAAGAAUUAUUGGAAAAGGUGGCUCGAAAAUAAGAGAACUUGAAAGUGAUUCUGGAGCUGAAAUUAAGGUAGAGAAGAACAACGACAGUUAUUCGGACCAGACACAAGUAACAUUGAGGGGUUCGGCUGAGAGCCAGACUAAGGCCAAAGAACUGAUAGACGAGUUGUUAAAUGACAUGGGAGGGAGGGGUGGUGGUGGUGGAGGUCGACCUUACGGAAGCUCUGGUCCUAGAAGAGGACGUGGCCAAAAUAACAGCUUCUCCGCUGUUCCUAUACGGAAGAGGGUGGAAGAUGAAGACCUAGCAAUUGAUUGGGAUGAAGUCAAUAGACAAUAUGAGGAGGGACAGAAGUUAAAAUGGAGUAAGUGUCCUCCUAUCAUUAAAGAGUUUUAUAAAGAGGACCCCCAAGUCAAAAAUAUGGAUGAAGAAAUGGUUAAACAAUUUAGGCUAGAAAAUAAAAAUAUUGUUGUAAGUCACACUUUUGGUGAAUGUGGGGAAACAAUCCCUAACCCAGUGAUGACGUUUGAGCAGGCCUUUGAUCCCUAUCCAGACAUACUGGAGCUGAUAUACAAUCAGAAUUUCGUAAAGCCUUCACCCAUUCAAUGUCAAGCCUGGCCUAUUCUGCUAAGCGGAAAAGAUUUGAUAGGCAUUGCACAAACCGGAACUGGGAAGACUCUGGCAUUUUUACUGCCGGCAUUCAUCCACAUCGAGGGACAGCCAGUUCCUCGCUCCCAGCGAGGGGGCCCUAAUGUUCUUAUCCUGGCUCCCACCCGUGAGCUGGCGCAGCAGAUACAGACGGAGGCCAAAAAUUACUCUUAUAAGGGAAUCAAAUCUAUUUGUAUCUACGGUGGAGGAGACAGGAGAGAACAGAUCAAUAGUCUCAGACAAGGAGUGGAGAUUAUUGUUGCAACUCCUGGGAGGAUGAAUGAUCUCAUUCAGGCUGGUGAGAUAAAUCUGAAUGCUGUAACAUACCUAGUGCUGGAUGAAGCAGACAGGAUGUUGGACAUGGGCUUUGAACCAGAGAUUAGAAAAACUUUGUUAGAUAUACGACCGGACAGACAAACAGUCAUGACCAGUGCAACCUGGCCACCAGGAGUGAGAAGAUUAGCACAGUCAUACAUGCAGAACCCUAUCCAGGUGUAUGUAGGCUCCUUGGACCUGGCAGCAACACACACUGUCACCCAGACUAUUGAGAUCAUCGAUGAGGAUGAGAAGGAGAACAAGCUCAUGGAAUUCUUCUAUAACAUGGCGCCAGAAGACAAAGUGAUGGUGUUUGUUGGGAAGAAAUCCCGGGCAGAUGAUAUCUCCAGUGAACUGGCGUUGAAGUCGAUCAUAUGUGAUGUGAUCCAUGGAGACAGGGAGCAAAGUGAUCGUGAGAAAGCCCUUUUUGAUCUCAAAAGUGGGGAGAUACGUAUUCUAAUAGCGACAGAUGUUGCCUCUCGUGGUAUCGAUAUACAGGACAUUACGCACAUAAUAAACUAUGACUUCCCACGUAACAUUGAAGAAUAUGUACACCGUGUGGGCAGGACGGGGCGAGCCGGACGUACUGGAGAGGCUAUAUCAUUUGUCACCCGACAGGACUGGGCUCAGGCUCGGGAACUCAUCGCAAUGUUGGAGGAAGCUAACCAGAUUGUUCCUGAGGAGCUGUACCAGAUGGCUGACAGGUUUGAGGCCAUGAAGGAGAGGAAGGAUCAAGAUCGUGACAAUAGAAGGGGUGGUAGGGGCGGAAGGGGAGGGGGUGGGGGAGGCAGAGGAAGACGUUGGUAGUCAAUUAAUCUAUAUUACGCGUAACUACAGUUCCGAACUGUGAUAAAAGUUUUGUGUUAUUAAUUUUUAUAUUAUUUUAAGAGUUGUAUGUUAGUUUUUACAUACUGUCAUUAUUAUUUUUGUACAGUGUCCGUUUAUCAUUAUGACAUAAAUAAAGUAUUGUUUAAUUUAUAUCAUAUGUUUUAUACUUAUUUUAUGUAUUUUUUAAUAAUUGCAUGUAGUAUUAAGAGUAACUAACCAAAUCAUAUUUAGCAUCAGUAUUCUUGAAGAAGCCAAACUGUAAUAUUUUAGAUAACUAAAAUUUUAUAUUUAUGUUAAAUUUGGACAUUUAAAACAUUUAGAAGAGUUUUAUAUCUUAAUUAGAAUUGUAGACUGAAAAAUAUUAUGUUAUAUAAACUUUAGAAGAUUCCCUAAAGUUUGGCAAUGGUUUAUCAGUCUAAAAACUAAAAGUUUUAUCAUCCAACCAAAAAUCAUUUGAAAUUAUUUCAGAAACUAUUCUUAUGUUUUGAUUAAAUAUUUAAUUUUCUAUGAGCUUAAUCAGUUACAUUAAUAUUAGUAAUCAAUUAAAAUGUUUAAUGAUUAAUUACAUUUGAAUUGAAUUAACAUGUGACUUAUUAUGCAUUGAUAGAUGCCUUGUUCUAGAUCCAAGGGCAUUAUAAAGAGCUUCCUGUUGCAUUUACUCUUACUGUAAUAGUUAGUCCUUCCGUGUUCACCAAGAUAUCUGGUGCCUUUUAAAUCUCAAACGUAAAAUAAAUAUGAUUGAAACAAUUAAUUGCAUUUUCGUUAUGGUAUAUACUGAGGUGUGUGUUAUUUUUUUUUAUGUUAAGAAUAUAUUUUUGUAAUAUUACAUUUAUAUACUCAGUAUUUGUAUGUACAAUAUAUAUAUAUAUGUAUACAUAUAUAUGUAUAUAAUAUUAUGUGACCUUAAUAAUGCAAAUGCUUAUAAUUUUUGUCAAAGUGAGAAUUUUAAUCAACUUUUAGUGUUUUGUAAGCUUACAAUUUGUUUAUUUUUUAUGAUUAGACAAGUUUUAAGCGCAUAAUUGUUUCUUUUAAGUACAAGUACAUAAUAAAUAGUUUUACCACGAAAGAAUAAUUAAUGGUAAACAUUUAAUUUACAAUAAUAUCAUCCAAUUUCUAGCACCUCCAGAAGCAAUGUAAAGUUUCUUGUUAAAAAUUUAAAUAUACAAAAGUCUGUGAAA